GUGAGACAUUUUCACUUAAUUGCUGGGAGUAUUUUGCCAAGUGGGAAGUAUUAUCGAGACUUUAGAACCCCGACAUUUUUCUUAUGUCUUGUCCAUUAGUUUACAUGUGGUGGGGUUUUAGCAUUGUUAGCAAAUUGCGUUUCGACCUUCCUUUCCUCGCCUUUCUGGGAUUCUUUGUUUUUCAGUAUACAAUUACUGCAGAACCCAUGAAAUUGCUACUAUUACUCCAUUAGUUUAAUAAAAUUGCACAAACUUUCCCAUUUCCUUUUCAAAAUAUGGCUAUUUCCUACCCAAAUAGUCUCAUACUUCAACAAAUUCAUCGAGAGAUUUCCCAUUUAUUUCAACCUACUUACAACCCACGAAAUGGAAAUGCUUUGACCUUCAUCAAUGGUUCGGGAUUCAAAGCAAUUAAACCCUUAAGUGCAGUAUCUAUUAAUGGCGGUGGAGAACAGGAGAAAUCAGUCAAAUGUCAAGUCUUUAACGAAACAGAGUGGGAAGCAGACAGGGAAGUCAGAGAAAGAGAUGGUUAUUCAUCAAUGGAGAAAGAAGAGCAUUUUGUGAGGUGGUUUAGAGAAGCUUGGCCUUAUUUUAAGGCUCAUAGAGAUGGUACUUUUGUUAUUAUUAUCUCUGGUGAGAUGGUUGAUAGUGCUUUCUUAGAUCCUAUUUUAAAGGAUAUCUCUCUAUUGCAUGGAUUAGGAAUCAGAUUUGUGAUUGUUCCUGGUACCCAUGUGCAUAUUGACAAGCUUUUGGCUGAGAGAGGAAGCAAAGCCCAAUAUGUUGGGCCAUACAGAAUUACUGAUUCUGAUUCUCUUGAAGCUGCUAUGGAAGCAGCUGGAAGAAUUCGUAUACUAAUAGAAGCAAAACUUGCUGCGGGACCAUCUUUGUGUAAUAUUCGCAGACAUGGUGAAAAUAGUAGAUGGCAUGAUGUUGGUGUAAGUGUUGCAAGUGGGAACUUCCUUGCCGCUAAGCGAAAAGGAGUUGUGAAGGGAAUUGAUUAUGGAGCAACUGGAGAGGUGAAGAAAGUAGAUGCUGCUCGCAUUCGUGAGAGGCUUGAUGCAGGUUGCAUAGUGCUACUAAGUAAUUUGGGUUAUUCCAGCUCUGGAGAAGUGCUAAAUUGCAACACAUAUGAGGUUGCAACUGCUUGUGCAUUAGCUCUUAAUGCGGAGAAGCUUAUUUGCAUAAUCGAUGGUCCUUUUACGGAUGACUCGGGGCACCUUAUUCGCUACCUCAGCCUUGAUGAAGCAGACAAGCUUAUUCGUGAACGAGCUAAGCAAAGUGAGGUUGCUGCCAACUAUGUUGAGGCUGUUAACCAGGAAGAUCUCAAGAGUCAAGAACUCUAUCAGUAUACUGACACUGUUCCCUCAGUGUUGAAUGGAAUAAGUAAUGCAACAUUUCAAAAUGGUCUUGGUUUUGACAAUGGACAGGGUUUUGCUAUUGGUGGUCAAGAGAGGCUUAGUAGGUCAAAUGGUUACCUUUCAGAAUUGGCUGCAGCAGCUUUUGUUUGCAAAGGUGGUGUCCAAAGAGUUCACUUAUUGGAUGGAACAAUUGGUGGAGUUCUUUUGUUGGAGUUGUUUCAGAGAGAUGGAGUAGGAACAAUGGUAGCAAGUGAUGUUUAUGAGGGAACGAGGAUGGCUAGGGAGCCAGAUCUUGCUGGGAUAAGACAGCUACUACAACCAUUAGAAGCAUCUGGAACAUUGAUUCGCCGGACUGAUGAAGAGUUAGUUGCUGCAAUUGAUUCAUUCAUCGUUGUGGAAAGAGAAGGCCAGAUCAUUGCCUGUGCUGCCCUUUUUCCUUUCUUUGAGGAUAGGUGUGCGGAAGUUGCAGCCAUUGCUGUUUCUCCUGAAUGCCGCGGACAAGGACAGGGUGAUAAGUUACUUGAUUUUAUCGAAAAGAAGGCAUCCUCGUUUGGAUUGGAUAUGCUUUUCCUACUGACGACACGCACUGCAGACUGGUUUGUUAGGCGUGGAUUUUCAGAGUGCACGAUUGAUUGCUUGCCAAAAGAACGAAGGAAAAAGAUCAAUUUAUCCCGCAACUCCAAAUAUUACAUGAAAAAGCUGGUGCCAGACACAAGCGGUAUAUCUGUUAGGACAAGGUGACCUCAUUACUAGGUCUUUUACUUUUCAUGUCGGUGAUGCCUCUGGAGUUGCAUGUUAUGUAACUUAUCUUCCUGAGGGAGUCGAGUCCAAGCGCAAUUUUGUAGAAUAGCUUUACGUAGUCGAUCUUUGCAAAAAUAAAAAUGCAGGGAGUUUGUGUCUUGCCAUUGAUGAUGAUGAUAAUGCGAAUUAAGUUAAUUUGUAAAUGUCAAAUUGCUAUGUAGUUACAGUUGUGUAUACAAGUUUUUGUUGUCAGUUAUUUAAUAAAAGUUGGCCAGUAUUUCAAGAUUAGUUGCUUUUAAAUGUCCACUGGACCAUCAAAAAGAGAAAACCGAUAGAUCGGUGUGUGUGUGUGUGCGCUGAGUAAUGUCUGCUAGGGAUGGCGUUUGUGGAGGUCUAAGCGAGUCACCAAAACACCCCCUCAAGGCUCUAAUGCACACCGAAAAAGAGAACCUUCAUCUAUGUCAUGGAGUCCCACUAGAAGUCGCAUAUCUUUACGGAAACCAACUUCCCUCCUUCACCUUCGUGGCUGGUGUCCCCACCAUCAAGAGCUUUUGAACUGAUAACAAGUCUAAGUGGGGAGGAAAAAAUAAUCGGUCUCUAACACCAAUGGAAUCUCCUAUGCUAUGCUCGGAGAUUCCUAGGUGAGACAAAAGUGAAUCUUUAACGGUUUGUUUGGUUAGUGGUACUAAAUGGUGAUAAUGAAAAUGAUUUAUAGUGUAAAAUUUUAUUAAAAGUUUCAUAUCAUUCCUAAGGUAAUGAAAUUUUGAUCACAAAAAAGUUUUUGUUUACAAAUUUUCAUUACCACCAAAUACCACGUCUCCUAAUAGUAAUUGCAUUAGAAUGAAAUUUAUGAAAAAAAAUGACAUGAUUGCAGUUGGAUAAGCAUGGUCAUCAAGUUAGCAAGAGGU